CCUCUGGCUCAUCCGCUGACAGAGGAGGUGAUUCGACGGGAGGUGAGCCGGCUGGUGCGCAGCCGACCGCAGGCCGUCUGCCACAUCUCUGAGGCGCUGCAGUACCUCACCACGCCCGAGCACAUCGUCAACGAUAUCAUCGAGCUGUCGCACGCGCUCACCUGGGCCAAGCAGCCGCCGGUGUCGGCGCUGGCCUUCUUCUCGCGCCAGUACCCGCCGCACCCGAUCACGGCCCAGUACGCCGUGCGCGUGCUCAGCUCCUACCCGUCCGACACGGUGCUCUUCUACAUUCCGCAGCUGGUGCAGGCCGUGCGCUACGACACGAUGGGCUUCAUCACAGAGUUCAUCAAGCGCGCGUGCGCCAAGUCACAGAUCCUGGCGCACCACGUGAUCUGGAACAUCGAGACCAACAAGUUCCGCGAUGAGGAGGGCCAGGUCAAGGACGCGGACCUGUACGACACCCUGGAGAACAUCCGGAACGCCAUCGUCUCGUCACUGUCUGGGCCGGCCAAGGCGUUCUACGAGCGCGAGUUCAGCUUCUUCCAGAAGAUCACCAACGUGUCGGCCCAGAUCAAGCCGUUCCCGAAAGGUCCUGCUCGCAAGGAGGCCUGUCUGAAGGAGCUGCGCAAGAUCGAGGCUCAGCCCGGGUGCUACCUGCCGCCUAUCCCCGACUGCCGGGUGCUCGCCAUCGACUACAACAGCGGCACGCCCAUGCAGAGUGCCGCCAAGGCGCCCUACCUGGCCCGGUUCCGCGUGGAGAGGUGCGGUAUCAACGAGCUGGAGCAGCAGGCCAUGCUGAUCGGGGAGCCGGCCGAGCGGCGGCCCUCCAUGGGACCCGAGAAGUGGCAGGCCGCCAUAUUCAAGGUGGGCGACGACGUGCGCCAGGACAUGCUGGCGCUGCAGGUGAUCGAGCUGUUCCAGAACAUCUUCCAGCAGGCCGGCCUGGACCUGUUCCUCUACCCGUACCGGGUGGUGGCCACAUCGCCCGGCUGCGGCGUCAUUCAGUGUGUGCCCAAGGCCAAGUCCAGGAGCGACCUGGGCAAGGAGACUGACUUCGGGUUGUUUGAGUACUUCCUCACGACGUACGGUCACGCGUCGAGUGCCAAGUUUCAGGACGCCCGGCGGAACUUCGUCAAAUCCAUGGCGGCCUACUCGCUGGCGCUGUUCCUGCUGCAGAUCAAGGACCGGCACAACGGCAACAUCAUGAUCGACGAGGCUGGCCACAUCGUGCACAUCGACUUCGGCUUCAUGUUCGAGUCAUCGCCGGGCGGCAACAUCGGCUUCGAGCCGGACAUCAAGCUGACGGCCGAGAUGGUGAUGGUGCUGGGCGGCCGGCUGGACGCCGAGCCCUUCAAGUGGUUCAUGGAGCUGUGCCUGCAGGGAUACCUGGCCAUCAGGCCUUACUGCGAGGCCAUCAUCUCGCUGGUGUCCCUGAUGCUGGACACCGGGCUGCCCUGCUUCCGCGGUCAGACCAUCAAGCUGCUGCGGGCCAGGUUUGCCACCACCUGCAGUGAGAAGGAUGCGGCCGCCUACAUGACCAAGGUCAUCAACAACUCGUGCCUCAGCUUCCGCAGCAGGACGUACGACAUGCUGCAGUACUACCAGAACCAGAUCCCCUACUAAAGGGAUGCUGUGCUACCAGAACCGGAUCCCGUGUGAGGGGGACGACUCGCCACCGGCACCGGAUCCACACUGUGGUGGUGCUAUGCUGUAGAGCUAGUCCUUCCGAGCAGGCCGCAGCACUGCCUCGACCGUAUCCCGUGGCCGUGGUCUGGC